ACUUUCACGAGUUGCCACGCUCUACCAAUCUGACGAAGGUUCUGAAAAGGACUAGAAACUGCUUCUACAUCUAUUCCAGCGCUCGUUCAUCUCCGGGCCGAAACCCAGCCAGCCAACCAACCUUAUCCGCCGUCCGAUAUGCCAAACCUCAAGCUAGACCUCCCGUCCGAUGUAACCACCGACAUCCUUUGCCAGCUUCCGGUGAAGACGCUUCUACGGUUCAGAUGCGUAUCCAAGCGUUGGUGCUCCCAAAUAGACGGUCCAGAUUUCAUCAAGCUUCAUCUUAGCCGCUCGCUUGCCACAAAAUCUAAUCUCAGCCUUGUUCUCAGAAAUUGGUACCUCUACUCUGUUGAGUUCGAUUCGCUUCGCACCGCCACGGAAAUCAAUCCCCCAUUGAACGUGAUCUGGGGUAUAACUGACGUUUUUGGCUCUUGCAAUGGCUUGGUGGCUGUGUGUAACUCUGAAGAAGAAAUAGUUUUGUGGAAUCCAUCAACGAGAAAGCACCAGAGACUGCCUACGAUGCCGGUUGAGGAUCCUAAAGGUGAUGUUAAACCCCGUCGUUAUACUUUUUAUGGAUUUGGGCCCGACCCCAUUAGCGAUGACUACAAGGUUGUGAGGAUGGUGCAGUUUGUUGGUGAUAAUGGGUUUUUCUCUGCCGAGGUUAAAGUUUAUAGCUUGAAGACUAACUCUUGGAGAGGAAUCAAGGAAUUACCUUAUUAUAUUCGUUAUCUGUUUCAGCUUGGUUACCUUCUUUUUUACAGAAGAGGGUAUGGUACGCUUGCUAGCGGUGCUUUGCAUUGGGUGGUGCCUGCAGGAUUUGGAUUGCUCUGUAUGAUUGUUGCUUUUGAUCUUGUGGCUGAGGAAUUUCGAAUUGUACCGCAGCCUGAUCAUGUCGAUCCUGGUUUUGAAAUGGAUCUGGGGGCCUUGGAAGGGUGCCUAUGCAUGCUUUGCAAUUACGGCGGUGAUUUUGUUGAUGUAUGGGCGAUGAAGGAAUAUGGAUUAAAGGAGUCUUGGACUAAAUUGUUUAAGGUCUCACAAUCCAGUUUGAAUAGGAGGUUUGGACAGGUGAUGCCUUUAGCUUAUUCUAAGAGUGGUGACAAGGUUCUUUUGGAAUUGGACAAGGACAAGCUCCUUUGGUAUGAUUUGAGAAGGAGAAGUGCCAAGAAAGUGAGGAUUGAGGGGGCUCCAAAUUCAUUCGAUGCGGCUGUUUAUGUGGAAAGCCUCGUUCCCUUAGGUGGUGGUGGAAUGAAUCGGAAGACCCGGCAACCGCCAGAGGAAAAGAAGAAAAGCAAUAGAAAGAAGAUGGAUGAUUUCCUGUCCAAAGGCUUUAAACUGGCUCUUUAAGCAAAUAGCAGGACAGAAAAUUGGCACAAUGUGAAAAGAGCUCCACUGGCGUGAGAACUUUCACCAAAUCAGAGUAUUUGCCGAUGUGACUUCACUGACUUCAAUUCACUUGUGUUGCUAAGUACCGAUUCUCCUUACAUUUUUCAAUGUUCAAGGGGACCUGAGUUUUACUUAAAAGGGCUUGCAAAUCCAAUUUUUUUUUUUUUUUUGGUUCGUCAAUGCUGCUUCUGCCAUGCAUGUUAUAUGAUCGAUGAGCUCCAUCUUCAUAAGAGAAAAUAAUGUGAUGCAUGUAUUACUAGAUGCAACAAAGAUGGGUGAUUUUCUCAAA